AUGUCGGACGACGACUUCAUGCAGGAGUCUGAUGAGGAGUACGACUUCGAAUAUGACGACGACGACGACAACGAGGAUUCCGGAGAUGUCGACAUCGAAAACAAGUACUACAACGCCAAGCAACUGAAGGUCACCGACCCCGAAGACGCAAUCAAGGAGUUCCUCGAGGUACCGGGCCUGGAGCAGGAGAAGGGCGACUGGGGCUUCAAGGGCUUGAAACAGGCCAUCAAGCUAGAGUUCAAGCUGCAGCGUUACGAUGAGGCCAUCAAACAUUACGCGGAGCUUCUCACCUACGUCAAGUCCGCCGUCACGCGCAACUACUCUGAGAAGUCCAUCAACAACAUGCUGGACUACAUCGAGAAGAGCUCCGACGCCAAGGGAGCUGCGCUGUGCAUGGAGAAGUUCUAUUCGCUCACCCUGGAGUGCUUUCAGACAACCAACAACGAGAGGCUGUGGCUGAAGACAAAUAUCAAGCUCGCCAAGCUGCUGCUGGACCGCAGGGAGUACCCAUCCGUUAAUAAGAAGCUGAAGGAGCUCCACAACGCCUGCAAGCGCGAGGACGGCAGCGAGGACUCUAGCAAAGGCACCUACCUGCUUGAAAUCUACGCCCUUGAGAUCCAGAUGUACGCCGAGACGAAGAACAACAAGCAGCUCAAGCUCCUGUACCAGCGCGCAUUGAAGGUGCGCUCGGCCGUGCCACACCCCAAGAUCAUGGGUAUCAUCCGGGAGUGCGGCGGCAAGAUGCACAUGAGCGAGGAGAACUGGAAGGACGCGCAGUCGGACUUCUUCGAGUCUUUUCGUAACUACGACGAGGCUGGAAGUCUGCAGCGCAUCCAGGUCCUCAAAUACCUCCUGCUCACAACCAUGCUGAUGAGGUCCGACAUCAACCCCUUCGACAGCCAGGAGACGAAGCCGUACAGGAACGACCCGCGCAUCGCCGCCAUGACCGAGCUGGUGGACGCCUACCAGCGCGACGACAUCCACAAGUACGAGAGCGUCCUCCAAAAGAACCAGGACCUGCUGGCCGACCAAUUCAUCGCCGAGAACAUCGACGAGGUCACGCGAAACAUGCGCACCAAGGCCGUCCUCAAACUCAUCACCCCCUACACUCGAAUGCGCCUCUACUGGGUCGCCAAGCAGCUGCGGAUCAGCGAGGCCGAGGUGCAGGACAUAAUGGGCUUCCUCAUCAUCGACGGCAAGAUCAACGGCAAGAUAGACCAGCAGAGGGGCGUCCUGGAGAUCAACAGCGACCGCGACGCCGAGCGGAUCGGCGCCAUCCAGCACCUGUCCGAUGCGCUUGCCGAGCUGUACACCACCGUCUUCAAGGAUGGCGACGGCUUCCGUAAUUCGGACACGACCGUUGCCAGCGACGGGGCGGACCUGGGGGGCGGCUUCUUCGAGCCGUCGAUGGGAUCACGUCGCGAGGGAGUGCGUCCCGUCAUAAUCUGCGCACCAGCGAUAGGAGACGAGAUGGCCUGCUCUUAA